AUCGGACGGUGAACAUCGUGCUGAAUCGCUGAAUUAGCUUCAAGAGUUUACAUGAACGUCAACGACUCGUCGAAGUAGAUGUUUCAGUUUUCCAGUACAGGUAACGGCACGAUGGCAUCCGAUGAUACUGUCCUACGGUCUGACCCAUUGGCUGAUCCGAUAAUGGAAAUAGGAUUUGGUGUAUUCAAGGCAUCGUUAGUAUGUCAAGCUAUAGAAUUGGGCAUUUUUGAUAAAAUAGAAGUUCUGAAUAAGAAAGUCACUGCCGUAGGCUUUGCUAAUAACUAUGGAUAUAAACCGGAAGUUACAGAAAGAAUAUUAGAUGCUUUGGUUUGUUAUGGACUCUUGAACAAAAGUAACAGUCAAGAUGAGCCAGAAUACAGUAACAGUAAGACAGUUCAAAAAUAUCUGUUAAAAUCUGAUCAACCUUGUUUAAACAGCACUUUGCUCGGUAUCCGACUCUUGAGCCAGUUUGUAGAUAAAUUGGACACAGUUAUAAAGCAAGGAUCAAACAAUACUGUCUAUGAACGUCUAUUAGAUGGUUCUGAAGACGGAAGGGAUUUCACUAAUUCAAAACUUGAAAGGCAAGAAAUCAAAACAGAUCAAAAUCAGAAUCCAGUAGCGGAGAGGAAAAAAACGAAUAAAACUGAUUCGAGCGCACACUCAUUCAUGGUACAAAUGGAUUCAUUGUUGCGGCCAGCAGUGCACGCUAUCACAGUUGCUUUUGAUGUUGCCGGCCAUAAAACACUUUUGGAUCUUGGUGGUAACUCUGGUUAUUUGGCGUUUGAAUUUAUUAAAACCUACCCCCAGCUAAAGGCUAUAGUUCUAGACCGACCACACACCAUUCAGCUUGCUAAAAAGUAUCAGCCCGCACAUACGAAAUCGAAAGUAGAAUUUAUUGAAGGUGAUUUUUUUGAUAAUAAAAAGUUCCCGGAAGUCGAUCUGAUGAUGUUGAGUCAUAUAAUACACAAUUGGGACGAAGACAAACUAGAUAUUUUACUAACUAAGACCUACCAAUCUCUUAAACCUGGGGGAACUUUGUUGGUAGCCGAGAAACUUCUGAAUGAAGACAAAAUCGGACCAGAAAUUACGAUCCUUCUCGACGUCACAAUGACCACCGUUUGCAACGGAAGGGAGAGAACUCUGUCAGAAUAUCAGAAAUUGUUGGGACGUUACGGUUUCCAAAAUAUUGAAGGAAAGAGAAUCGCUGGAGUAAAUUAUUUUGAUGUCAUCAUUGCUCGAAAACCCGACAUUUAGAUGGAAUAUUGUUGAUCAAAUAUUUGCUGAAAGGGGCAGUCUGAUUUUUUAUCAGUAGAUUGAAAGAAAAGUUAGGUGCUCAAAUUAGACUAAAAUAGAGAGAUCUAUACGUGUUCCUGGACUUAUCUGGAAGUUUGAACUAAAAAAAAUCCCGCCGUUAAUUUUUUACGCCAAAAAUAUUUAAAAAGUUUAAAAAUUUAAAUUCGUCGUGUUAUAUUUGGUAGGUGUUGAAAAUUAUUGUAUGUAUUUAAAGUUCGCCAUUCGUUUGAUCAAUCAUACCUUAGUCUCAGAAACGGAUUUUUUUAGUUUAGCUAAUCAGUAAUAGUGUUCACAGUUCACCGUCCAUAUUUGCGUCUUCAAAAUCAUGUGUGCCCCAACUUUCGUUUCGUUUUUCAUUAGUUUUUUUUAUAGUUAGUAUAGCCAAUUCAGAGUAAUGUCUAACGACCGGACUCUUAAACAUUCAAAUUAACCUUUCAACCUUGUCUGAUGACAUGAUCUGCUUGAACCAAUCAAAUUCCUUCAAUCUCUCAUAAAAACGCGAACGCUGGAGAAGGCGCAAAUUUGAUUGGUUAUAGCUGAUUAGGUCAAAGGGUUAUUUUGACAUGUUCAAGAGUCCGGUCGUUAGACCUUACUCUAAAGUGGCUACACUAAAAAUACAAACUAAUCAGAAAACGAAAUGAAAGUUGGGUCUAAUUUUUAUAAGACUGGAAUUCUCCGCGUUAGAAAUUUAAUAAGACGACU